AUGCCACCGACGACUUCAGGCAGUGCUGACAGCGGCCUGACUAGUUCACAGGAAGGUCUCGUUAGCAAAAAACGACGACGGGAUGAAGACGACUCAGACGACUCAGACUCGGAUGAAUCAGACACAGACAUGGCAACCUUUCGGGAUUACUGCACGGUGUUCGAGCAAACUUCGUCGCCUCCGAGGGACUUCGAUGGCGUUGACAAGUCCCGCUCCCCACCGGUGUACAGAUUGAGAAUCUAUUGCGAUGAAGUCCUACUCCUAAAAAAUGGGCUAGGCAAGUACAAAACUUCGCCUGAGACCGAGAGACGCCAAAACACUGCAUCGUAUCAAUCAGCCGUCGUUGAGAGUGCCCAUACCCCGACAAAGGCCUCGAAAACUAGUUUAGGCGCCAACUUACAGGCUGACAAUCAGCCGAACCAAGACGAAGAACCUGCCAAAGACCAGGAGGCCAAACCAAAGGUGGUGCGCUUUGCUAGUGUAGAGAUGCCUGAGGAGGAGCGGAAUGAAGGAUUGGACGAGGCCAAGUGA